GCCCAUUCCCAGUCGGGACGCCGUCCAUUGGAUUGGAUUCCACGAUCCACGGCCUUGCCUCGCCUCGCCUGGCCAAGCGUGCAGCUGAGCGAGCGAGCGAGUGAGAGAUUGACGACUGAGUGGCUGCGCGAGAGAGAGAGAGAGAGACAGAGACUGCGCCAAAGACGACGACGUCUCUGCGUGUGUAUCAGAUCGGAUCGCCUCACAACAACACCCGGCACACCACGGCACCACGGCGAGCUAGCGGCCAGCCUCGCUGCUACGGUACCUUCUCGUCCAGACGACUCUAGCCUCGCACGCAACAAGCUGCAGCUCCUCCGUCCUCCUCCGCAUUCCUCCCUCCUCUCCAUCUCCAUCCUUCUCCUCUCCUCCACCAACCCCAAUUGCGACUCCCUCCCAUGUCCGAGGACGACGGCGACGUGCUCGGCCCCGACGGCCAGGCCACCGCCGCCCGUGUCGACCGCGAUCGCCGAGCGCCGCGCUUCAGCUGGACCCCCGCCUACGAGGCCACCUUCUUCCGCAGCCUGUGCGAGAGCGUCCAGCUGGGCCUGCGCGAGAACAGCAGCUUCAAGGCCGAGGCCUGGGAACGCGCCGCCCAGGCCCUGCAGGAGAGCCAUGGCGCCUAUCCCACCAAAAGCCACCUGAUCAACAAGAGCGACAAUGCCCGGAAGCGCUUUCGCCUGUGGCGUGGCCUGCGCGAAGACCCCGAGUUCCUCUACAACCCCGUCACGAGAACCGUCACCGCCACCGAGGAGGCCUGGACCGCACACAUUGAGAGGGAACCCCUGUCCAGAGCCCUCCGAGGGCGCCCCUUCGAUCACGAAGACUACAUGGAGAUCCUUUAUCCCGACGUCAUCGGCUCCGGGGGCGCUCCGAAGCGCAUCAUGAAGCCCCGGAGACGGACGGACGGGCCCAUCCCCGAAGACUCAGAGAUGCCCGGCACGAGUAUCCUCAACCUCCAGAGCGAACCUCCUCCCCGCCCCCCGGGCCUCGAGAGCCCCAACCAGCGACCGACCGUGAUCCAGCCGACCGCGACCCCGUCGACCGCCAACGGAGCCACGCAGAGACCAACCUCGACCUCCAUCCCCCCUCGCGCCCCGACCGCGAGCUCCAGCGCCCUUACUCCCCCGGACGAGACCAUCACCCAGAACCGAAAGCGCCAGCUGCCGACCACGAGCACCCCGAGCGCGUUCGAGUCGACGCCGCCCUCUUCCACCGGUCCAAUGAUCCAGCAACCCCCCGAGUCCCCCGAGAAGCGACGCCGAACAUCCUCUAACGACGGAUCGCGCGCCAUUGCCUCGGCUGCCACGCUCAACUCGUCCAUGCUCCCGCUUGUCAUAUCCAACGGCCCCAGCGUCAGCUCUCCCUCCCAGGGCGAGGGUCAGGCCUUGCCUCAUCCCCCGCUUUUCGAGGAGCUUGUCGAGGCCGUCAAGUCACGUACUUCCCUCCGGUGGCAGGAGGAGGCCCUCGACGUCUUCUUCCGGGACUUUGCCGACGAGGACCUGGACCUGCAGGUUAAGAUUUCAGAAAGCGUGUUGGUCAACGAGAGCAAGGCCAUGGUGUUUUGCAAGAUGCCGAGCCGGGUCCGGCAACAUUGGGUGAGACGAUUCAGGGAGCCACAUCAUAGGGCGGGUUAAGAGAGGAUUUCAAGAGGUGGAUCAAGAGGUGGAUCAGGAGGUAGAUCAAGGGGUGGAUUGGAGAGAUGAACACACGAGAUGGACAAGAGACGGACAAGAGAUGGACUACACAUACCCGAAGAUGGACUCCGCGGAUGCACACUGGACAGGAAGAAAGACAUCAUGACGGUCAACGGACCAACGAAACUCCACAACCCAAAAAAAUUACGGGGCGUCAAGUGCGAAGAGAGACGUGUUUAUGCCCACCGGGGGAAAAAGAAAGAGCGAUCUGGCGUGUUGGUUCGUGACGCAUGUUGAGAUACCAGUUUACCAAGAGGCGUUAGGAUUUCGGGUCUGCAAUGCAUUUAGCGAGGAUCUCAAAGGGCUUGCUUGGGAACAUUGGUCGCGUGAAGCGGCGGUGCUGGCGACUUGGGAAUAGCCUUGACCCUUUGGUCUUUGUAUCGAUAUAUAUAAUACCCCUAAUCUUCCACGUUGAUCAACGAUUACUGUACUCUUCC